AUGACGACGUCGAGAGGAGCUUCAUGUAGUCCAGUUGGUGUUAAGGAGAGAGAAGCUCUAAUGACUAUUACGGGGCAGUGUGAGCUUCCUCGGCCCGACGGCAAUUUAACAUUUACAAACGUGGAAACAAUGAUUCAAAAUGUUGAUGGAGUUGAGUUGAAUAUAAAGCACUGGGGCCUACGAGCGCUCCCACCAAGCGCCACCGAUCGCCAGAGAAGCCAAGGUCUUAAACGGAGACAAUCAGCCAUCUCUGCCUCCAAGCCAACAGUCGGCAGAGCUCCCACCAAGCGACACCGAUCACCAGGGAGGCCAAGGUCCUGGACGGAGACAAUCGCCUGUCUUUGCCUCCAAGCCGACGGUCGGCAGCGCUCCCACCAAGCGCCACCAAUCGCCAGGGAGGCCAAGGUCUUGGACGGAGACAAUCGGCCGUCUCUGCCUCCAAGCCGACGAUCGGUAAUGCUCCCACCAAGCGCCACCGAUCGCCAGGAAGGCCAAGGUCCUGGACGGAGACAAUCGGCCGUCUCUGCCUCAAAGCCGAAGAUCGAUAAUGCUCCCACCAAGCGCCACCGAUCACCAGGGAGGCCUAGGUACUGGACGGAGACAAUCGGCCAUCUCUGCCUCACAGCUGACGGUCGGCACCGCUCCCACCAAGUGCCACCAAUCGCCAGGGAGGCCAAGGUCCUGGACGGAGACAAUCGGCCGUCUCUGCCUCCAAGCCGGCGGUCGGCAGCGCUCCCACCAAGUGCCACCAGAUCACCGCCAGGGAGGCCAAGGUCGUUGGACGGAGACAAUCAGCCAUCUCUGCCUCCAAGCCGACGGUUGGCAGAGCUCCCACCAAGCGCCACCGAUCGCCAGGGAGGCCAAGAUCCUGGACAAAGACAAUCAGGCUCUUCUGCCUCCCAGCCGACAGUCGGCAGCGCUCCCACCAAGCGCCACCGAUCACCAGGGAGGCCAAGGUCCGGGACGGAGACAAUCAGCAGUCUCUACCUCCCAGCCAACAAUCGGCAGCGCUCCCACCAAGCGCCACCGAUUGCCAGGGAGGCUAAGGUCUUGGACGGAGACAAUCAGCCGUCUCUGCCUCCCAGCCGACGGUUGUUAGCGCUCCCACCAAGCGCCACCGAUCACCAGGGAGGCCAAGGUACUGGACAGAGACAAGUGGCCGUCUCUGCCUCCAAGCUGACGGUCGGCAGCACUCCCACCAAGCGCCACCGAUCACCAGGGAGGCCAAGGUCCUGGACGGAGACAAUCGGCCAUCUGCCUCCAAGCCAAUGGUCGACAACGCUCCCACCAAGUGCCACCGAUUGCCAGGGAAGCCUAGGUCCUGGAUGGAGACAAUCAGCCGUCUCUGCCUCCCAGAUGACGGUCGGCAGCGCUCCCACCAAGCGCCAGCGAUCGCCAGGGAAGCCUAGCCGGCUGUUGGCAGCGCUCCCACCAAGUGCCACCGAUCGCCAGGGAAGCCUAGGUACUGGACGGAGACAUCAGCCGUCUCUGCCUCCCAGCCGGCUGUUGGCAGCUCCACCCAAGCGCCACCGAUCGCCAGGGAAGCCUAGGUACUGGACGGAGCAAUCAGCCUCUCUGCCUCCCAGCCGGUGUUGGCAGCGCUCCCACCAAGCGCCACCGAUCGCCAGGAAAAGCCUAGGUACUGGACGGAGACAAUCAGCCGUCUCUGCCUCCCAGCCGGCUGUUGGCAGCGCUCCCACCAAGCGCCACCGAUCGCCAGGGAAGCCUAGGUACUGGACGGAGACAAUCAGCCGUCUCUGCCUCCCAGCCGGCUGUUGGCAGCGCUCCCACCAAGCGCCACCGAUCGCCAGGGAAGCCUAG